AUGGAAUGUAAACCAAGACCUGACACAGUGAAAUCCCAUUUCAAAUAUGUGUCGGACAAUGCGCGAAGCAGCCAGAAGCUAACUUUGAUCGAGUAUAACGCUGAAGAUAAGAUUUUCAAAGCACUUCAGCUACGAAAUGCUUGUGAAAUGAAGAUGGGCAUCAGGCGGAGAGACGGUCAUUACUUUUUCGUAGAAGAAGUGGUUUGGAUGGUCGAAACUGGCUUGGCUGUUGUUUUUCAUCGUGGAAUACAAUUGUCUGUACAAGAAUGCUACCGGUUACUCGGAAUAUUUCUAAUUACACCCGAAAAAUUUUUCGUUUAUUCAUACUUGAAACGUGCCGGCUAUAUCAUAGUACCUUACAAGGCUUUUGGAAUCUCUGUAGAUAGCGGUAAUGAUGAGCGAUGGGAGCUUGUGUCAAAAUUUCUCUUUCCUGUUAAUCUUCUGGAUCAGUUUCCCACUGAUAAGUCCAUGAAGCUUACAGUGACCAAUUUUCGCCACAAUCCGAAAUUAAUGGAAGUAUUUGGUAUAUCCGAAGAUUUCCCUACGUCAAACAUCGAAUCAGUUCAGUGGGAUAAGUGUAGUGAAAGUCAAGGGAAUUUCAAAGAAAUCCUAAGGCCUCGUUACUGGCCAAGAUUCGAUCAGUUUUCUAAUCGUGUCCCCACCUGGUCGGAUUACCGUAAGGAGCGAGCAAAGAUAUUGAAACUAAAUUCUGUAAAGGAUAUCUCAGGUUCAAUUCACUUGCCUAUUGAUUAUGAUAUUUAUGUAGGGGAUGGUACAUUUUGUCGUAAUCUUUCGCCAAAACCAAUAUACCGAUUGUUGGUUGUGGACAUCCGUUUUCCAUUCCCAUCCGUUUCUGACUUGCAUUGGUUAAGUUCGAAGAUUCUUGACGGGAAGUUGCUAAUAGCUGUUGUUCAACAAGCUGCCAUUGUAUUUUAUAACAUCGACCACCAAACAGUUUGUCUGUAA